CGGCUGCAGCCAGAAAUGCGUUUUUUCUGCUUUGGAAUUUGCCGUAUUUUUGUAUAUUUGGCUGCCUCCUAGCUGGGGCGAAGGGUGUGCUCCGCGUGGCGGCUGUGGUGGGACGCAGUGUGAGGGGUGCCCGUGGGCCUUGUGGAUCUCAGAGGGACGUUUUCUCGUUUGCAGAGCAAGGAUGAGUCUUUUUGGAUCAACCUCAGGGUUCGGUACUGGAGGUACCAGCAUGUUUGGCAGUACCACUGCGGAUAACCAUAACCCGAUGAAGGAUAUUGAAGUGACAUCUCCACCUGAUGACAGCAUAUCUUGUUUAGCAUUUAGUCCACCGACACUGCCGGGUAACUUCCUAAUAGCAGGGUCGUGGGCAAAUGAUGUUCGCUGCUGGGAAGUUCAAGAUAAUGGACAGACAAUUCCAAAGGCUCAGCAGAUGCACACAGGGCCUGUACUAGAUGCCUGCUGGAGUGAUGAUGGAAGUAAAGUAUUUACUGCUUCCUGUGAUAAAACUGCCAAAAUGUGGGAUCUCAAUAGUAAUCAAGCUAUUCAGAUUGCACAACAUGAUGCUCCUGUGAAGACUAUCCACUGGAUUAAAGCACCAAAUUACAGCUGUGUGAUGACAGGAAGUUGGGAUAAAACUUUGAAGUUCUGGGACACCCGCUCACCAACACCUAUGAUGACACUGCAACUCCCUGAAAGAUGUUACUGCGCAGAUGUGGUUCAUCCUAUGGCUGCUGUGGCCACUGCAGAAAGGGGUUUGAUAGUUUAUCAGUUAGAGAACCAACCAUCUGAAUUUAGAAGAAUAGAAUCGCCUCUUAAACACCAGCAUCGCUGUGUUGCUAUUUUUAAAGACAAAGUGAACAAACCUACUGGAUUUGCCCUUGGAAGUAUUGAAGGAAGAGUAGCUAUUCAUUAUAUCAACCCCCCAAAUCCUGCAAAAGAUAAUUUCACUUUCAAAUGUCAUCGCUCCAAUGGCACAAACACAUCAGCACCUCAGGAUAUCUAUGCGGUAAACGGGAUAGCGUUUCAUCCUGUCCAUGGUACUCUUGCAACGGUAGGAUCUGAUGGUAGAUUCAGCUUCUGGGAUAAAGAUGCACGAACAAAGCUAAAAACAUCAGAACAACUUGACCAGCCAAUAUCUGCUUGUUGUUUCAACCAUAAUGGGAAUAUAUUUGCAUAUGCUUCCAGUUAUGACUGGUCAAAGGGUCAUGAAUUUUACAACCCACAAAAGAAAAACUACAUUUUUCUGCGAAAUGCAGCGGAAGAGUUAAAGCCUCGGAAUAAGAAGUAAUUUUUAAAAUGGAAAUACUGUCUACUGUAUGCCAGGAAGAAAUGCCUUGCAAAUUUUUUCCCUCUUUUUUUGGAUGAAUUUGGUAGGUAUGUAAGUGACCAAUAGCAGUGACAGAAACUCAAGACAGAAGAUGGACACAGUGCAAAUUCUGCUUUCCUUUAUUCUUACACUCCAGCAAUGCACAUGACUUUUGAGCCAACGAUACUCAUUCUAGUCCAAAGGAGACCCUGCCAGUUGUGCCAAGUGGUGUAGAGUUGAGUAAUACGAGCAAUCCAUUAAAGGUUUUGUUCUGUUCAUGACCAAACCAAGGAGUGUAAAAUGUGUGGCCUGAACUGCUUUAAAACUGUCAUUUUUAGAGUUAAAAGUUGGUUCUUUUACAUCUCUAUUAACCCUUUUUGCCCCUUAAUGGGGGGUUCUGGACUGAAUAAUUGAUCACUUUUGUAUUAACUAGAAAACAGUGCUGGUGAGGUUAAUGCUGAUCAAAAAUGCUGUGAAGAAAAGUUACAACAAUGUGCGUCUCUGACUUGAAUCUACUGCUGUUUACUUAUAACUAUCCAGUUGUAUACAUGCCAAAGUUUCUUUUUGGAAGUGAAUGCUUAUUAUUCCUGUUUAACUCUUUUUGUCUGACUAAAAAGUGGGGGCGGGGGGAUGCCGCAUGUACAAAAAUCCUUGUCAUAUUGUACAAAUUCUCUGUAAAACUGUAUGCUGUAACACAUGGUUAUGGAUACAUGCUAUGUUUCAAAUAAAAUUUUUACUACAUGUUUUCUUA